CUUAUGACAGAUAUAGAUGAGUAUUUAAUAAUUAAAAAUGGAAUCUGUGGAGGAAUGACAAUGGUAUGUCAUAGAUAUGUCAAAGCAAAUAAUCCACAAUGUCCAGACUAUGAGCCCAGCAAGCCGAAGUCUUGGGCCUUAUAUGAAGAUAUGAAUGCCUUAUAUUCAGGUGCAAUGACCCAAUACAUACCCACAGAAAUUCUAGAUAAGGUAAGUCCAGAGGAAAUACCAAAUAUCCAAAGUAUUGCACCAGAUGCAGAAAUAGUGUAUAUACUUGAAGUUGAUCUAGAAGCCCUAGUGCAUUUGCACGAUUACUUUGCAGAUUAUCCUUUAGCACCAGAAAAGCAGAUAGUAUCAGAAAACUGGCUUAGUCUAUACAAUGAAAUCGCUCUCAAGUUUAGGCAGUCUCCAUGGAUGAAGAAAUAUAUUGAGGAAAAUAUUCGUAAACGCAAAAUAGCCAAGGCAAAUAGGGAAGAGUUUGGGGUCAUGUAUUAUAAGCUAAAAAAUAAUGCAAUCUUUGGCAAACAGAUGGAGAAUGCUUCAAGCAAUUUGAGGGAG